AUGGCAGAAUUCGAGACCCCAGAACUUACCACCCACCGCGUAUUAGUGUCCCUCAAAGAGGCUGCGCGCAUCAUAGGCGCGCAGGGAGUGAGCAUCCAAAAAAUCAGAGAGUCUAACAACGUCAAAAUCGGCAUUUCUCCGCACGAAAGAGGAUGUUCAGACAGAAUUCUAAGCUGCACCGGUUCGGCACAAGCUGUGGCAAACGCCAUUGGAGAUGUGAUUGAAAUUUUGAACGAAGACGACGUUGAACCCGAGGUGCACUCGUACAAGCCUCUGAACUUCAUCCUGCCCGUUCCUGCUGCCUCUGAGAUCCAGGACCCGGAGUCGAUAAAACGGAUAGGAAACCUCAGACUUAUAGUGUCUAACUCGCAAGUUUCGUCGAUCAUCGGCACUCAAGGCUCCCGCAUAAAGUCUUUGAUCGAGAAACACGGCGUGAAAGUCGUGGCGUCGAAAAAUUUCCUGCCUGAUUCGCAAGACCGUGUUGUCGAGAUUCAAGGGUUCCCAGGGUCCAUUGCUUCCUGUGUUGUGGACGUGAGCGAUAUUCUAGCGCGUGAAACCAAGCCCGCCAACGAGAAACAGUACUACCCACACACCAAGAGUCAGGAGGAGGGCUCUGUCACCAAGGAAGUCCCCAUACCCGUCGAGUUUGUUGGUGCGCUGCUGGGACGCGGCGGCAACCGUGUUUCCAGUCUGCGUAAAUACACCAAGACCAAGGUCAUAGUGAGCGAUGAGCCCAACGAGGACAAUAGCCGUGUCUUCACAAUUACCGGCAACAACCAAAACAGCGUAAAGUUGGCGGAAACUAUGCUACUCAAGAACCUUGAGACCGAGAAACAGAGGCGUGAGGAGAAGGAAUAA